AUGUUCCUCCCCUCACGCAAGGCAUUGGCCUUCCUGGCCUGCGUCGCAGGCCAUUCCACGGCACUUCUAACAACAUCUGAGAACUCUACCCACUUCAACCUCGCCAAUGACCGCUUCGCCAUCUCUUUGGCUAAAUCCAGCGGUCAUAUCGUUGACGCGCAACUAGAUAAUCAGGAUCUACUUGGGCCGGUAGACGGCAACACCGGAAAGGGUCCAUACCUAGAUUGUUCAUGCAUCCCGUCAGGCUUCUGGACACCAGGUAGCGGGGCUCAAUUGGAGCUCAUCACCGGCAAUGAUUCGACCGGUACAGAAUAUGCCGGAAUCUAUAUGACCGAUAUAUAUGAGUCAACCAACCAGACACUCUCGCAGUGGUUCUUCCUUCGAGGCGAAGAGACGGGACUACACGCGUUUUCCCGAGUCACGUACUUCAACGAGACCACGCCUUUCCUGCGAAGCCUUGGAGAACUGCGCACACUUUUCAGGCCGAACACGGACCUUUGGACGCACUUCUCCACCAGCGACGGGAAUUACGGACCACUGCCACUGGAUAGCACUUAUGAUGGUGGUUCGGUAGUCCAGGAUGCCACAACCUACAUGGGAAAUAUUACCGAUGAUCCCUAUGUCUCUCAAUACUCUGAUUACUUUACCAAAUACAGCCUAGCAGAGAGCUGGCGCAACCACGACGUCCAUGGCAUGUUCAGCGACGGCUCAGCUAGUUUUGAUGGCAGCACGUUCGGUGCUUGGCUGGUUCAUAACACCGUCGAGACGUACUACGGAGGCCCACUGCAUUCUGACCUCGUUGUCGACGGGAUUGUGUACAAUUACUUAGUCUCCGGCCACUAUGGAGCACCUAUGCCCAACCUCACGCAUGGGUUUGACCGUACAUGGGGACCUCAGUUCUAUUACUUCAACCGUGGAGAUGCGCAGACGACAAUCGCCCAGCUGAGGGCCGAUGCUGCGAAGUACGCUGAUCCGGAAUGGAACUCGGAGUUCUACAACAGUAUCUCGAGUCAUAUUCCCAAUUUCGCGCCGUCGUCUGGCAGGACAACCUUCAAGGGGAAGGUGUCGCUACCUGAAGGUGCCGAAAGACCCAUCAUUGUGCUAUCCGAGGACGGACAGGACUUCCAGUUGAACGUCUUCGACACGAAGUCUCUGCAAUAUUGGGCGGAGAUCGACGACUCCGGAAGUUUUCGCAUUCCACGUGUAGUGGAAGGGACGUACAGGAUCACCAUAUACGCAGACGAGAUCUUCGGGUGGUUUAUCCAAGACCACGUCGAAGUUUCAAAAUCGCAGUCCAAAGAGCAUACGUUCGUCUGGGAAGAGGAAAGCGCGGGCAAAGAGAUCUGGCGUAUUGGUGUGCCGGAUAAGUCAUCUGGAGAGUACCUCCACGGCCACGCACCGGAUACCUCCAAACCGCUACAACCAGAACAAUACCGCAUAUACUGGGGAAAAUACGACUAUCCGGCUGAGUUCCCCGAGGGAAUCAACUUCCACGUCGGAGAGAGCGACCCAUCUCAAGACCUCAAUUACAUUCACUGGGCAUUUUUCCCCUCCCAAGGAAACCAUCUCCGCACGGAACCAUACUACAACAAUGUCAACAACUGGACGGUGACGUUCGAUCUAUCCGCAGACCAACUGCGUGACACAAGCACGGCAACAUUCACCGUGCAGAUCGCAGGCGCGAAGACUGCGAACGGGAACUCGAAGUGGACGCCCGUUGAGGGGAAGUACAGUAACCUUCCAUGGACGGUGAAUGUAAAUGGACGCUUUGAGUCCACAUGGGUAAUCCCGUACUGGCGGAGUGGAUCAUGCGGUGUGCGCAGUGGAGUAUCCUGCCAGAAUAUAGAGCAGAAGUUCGAGUUUCCGGUGAAGAACCUCCAGCAAGGCAGGAAUGAGUUCGUCUUGAGUUUACCCUUUAAUGCGUCGAGUACGGAGACUGCGUUAUUGCCAGAUGCACUUUAUGUGCAGUACGAUGCGUUGAGGUUGGAGUUGGAGUGA